CGAUUUGGUCUCCCCAGGAAUGAAUCCCCACCCCUUUCCCUCCGGAACCAAUCCAACACGCGGGGGAGAGCUGGCGGCAUGAGGUGACGAGGCGGCGGCGCGAGGUGACGGCGUGCCAGCGCAGCACAGUCCCGACGGCGACCCCUCCGCCGCCCUCUCUUCCUUCCCCUCUCCCGGUAAGCGCCGCCCUCCUUGCUUCCCCUCAACGGCGGCCAACGUGGGAGAAGAGGACGAGCGCGACCUCGGCGUCGCAGAGGAUGGAGAGCUCGUACGCCUUCUUGAGCAGGCCGUUCCGGCGCUUGGAGAACAAGAUCUUAGUCUCGAUCCGCUGCAGCACCACCUUCCCGCGCCCCAUGGCCUGUCCUUCCGAUCGAUCUCACAGACUCGCACCCUUCUUGGCUCGCCACUCGUCGUCGGAGCGGAACCCACCGCCGUCGAACCGCAGGAUCAGCGGGAGCUCACGACCCUUCCUGCUGUCGCUUCCUUCUGUUGCAGCAUCACCAGUCGUCGUCAGAGCGGUGGCGUAGGAAACAGGGGAAUUGUUUCGCGCAGAUUAGCUUGUUUAUUGAUUUGUGCAUUGCAGGAGUGGUUGAUCCUCCAAUUCCUGGUACUGCACCAUCAUGUUGAAUUGCUCCUCCUCCUUUCUAACUGCUCUCCAAAGUGCUGAUUUUGGAAUUAGUUCUAAUUGGCACUUCUGCCCAGAAAGUCAUUACCUGUGAAUGUAUUAUUCUCACUAUCAUUACCUGACUGGACACACUUAAUUGUGUGAAUCUGACCAAUAUCAGCAAUCAGAGUAGCUGCUAGCUUUCUUGCUUCAAUUUUGCAUAAGCAGAAAUGCAAGCGAAAAGGGAGAAAAAGAAGUAGCUGUAUGUCUAUUUUUAUUAACUCUGUCAGUGGAGAUUGCCACUGCAAUUUUUAUUAACUCGAGAAGAUUGCUUGGCUAACUCUUCCAGAAGCUGUUAGACAAAUCCUAGUGCCAAUCGGUACGAAGUUUUGCUAAGCAUUAUUGAUUUGACCUGUGAGCUCUUGUAGCUUGUUAACUGCUAGUACGUUUGAGCAAAGGUUGGUCUGAAUAUUUACAGGUUCAAAUAUUGCAAUGAUUGAUACAACUGUAAUUCUGCUAGCAGUUCAACUUAGAGCCGUAUUGCGGUUGCAAAUAGUGUCCAAUAGUGUCCAAUAUCUUCAUGAUUAUUAAAAUGAUGAUUGCGGUUGCAAGUUGUCUGCCAUUCUUUUCCUAAUCAAUAUUUUAAAACAAAAGAUCAAUUUAUAGUUCUAUCUCCAUAUUGUAUGAAUCAUUAUGCUUUCAUAUUGCUUGUCCGAUAGUUGAAGAAAUUUCAAAAUUCUCCAUAACCAGCUAUUACUGGUAUUUGCAGGGAUGGAAAGUGUUGGGGAUAGGAGAUGUCUCAAGUUUGGUGAGCCCAAGUGCAUGGGUACAGAAGCUCAGACAGGGCAGGGAAUAAUCUGAAUUCAGAAGCUCUCGGUGAUCAAAUGAGUCUUUGAACCCCAGCUUGGGCCGGAAGCUAUGUACUCUCUAGCCCGUGUUCUUUAGCAGCAAUUAUAGUAGUCUGUAGUAGCAUGGGGAUUUUCUCUUUUUCGUCGAACGUUGUAGUUGAUGUAGUGGUUGUGAAUUUCCAUUUUGCUCAGCAUUGUGAUUGUGUACUCUGUUUCUUUCACCUAAACAAGUUUUUCUUCUUCUAUCAGACAUGCAUACUCCUGUGUAACUUCCAGUCCAGCUGAACACAGUUUUACAGAAUGGAAUGGUUCCAUGACAGGAUUUGAACCAGAUCAGGAUUGAGUGAAGGAGGGGGAUUCACUAAAGCAUCAAUGCAGGUUCCCAGGUCAAAGAGGAAAUUUGACCCUUCUUCUCUUCUCCAUGAUCGUGGGGCGAAUUGACUUGCUUAGUUAUAUUACUGAGAUAUAUGGGGCUCCAUGAACAUUGGAUAACACAAUGUCACCACACUUCUGAUGUUACUCAUCUCCAACGAGGCAACUAGUACUACGGGAGUAUGGGUGAUGGCACUGGGCACUUUAUCAGACUCGUGGAUUGCAGAAGUGACCAUGCAGGACAGAAAUUGACCAUGCUAAUACCUUUCGUUUGGCUAGUGGUUGCAAAAUGUUUACCUUUGGAGAGCACGGCUGUGCAGUGCUACUGCUACAUGCUGAUGCUGCCAUUUGUCUCCAUGUUUCUUAUUUAAGAGCUUUACAUGUCCAUGUGCUUGGAAGUUUGACUAACAAUCCUUGUAUUCUUUCCACCAAAAGGAUAUAUCUGAUGAGCUUCUGCAAGGCAGUGGUGACAAAAAGUCAGGAUGUAACAUCCUAAGGCAACGUUGACAAGGCAAUUCAAUUGUAUACUGGCUGUCACCAUCUAAUGCUUGUCAUACUGUAAAACCUCAAUAUUACUCUGUAAUUGAGUUUCUUAGUGCCUUGAUUGAGAUUGUAAGUUGUAACCCAAACAAAGGAAUCAAUCUCGUUAUGAGCAGGCUGUUGAUUCUAGAGGGAAAUCCUAAGCAGGAAGGAAGGUAUAAGUAACUGCAGGAGGAAAGAAGUCACCCGAGUCUCCUGAGAUCACCACAAGACCCAUCUGGGAAGAAAAGACAAGAAUGAAGGGAUUCAUACACCAGCUUGGAUCCAGAAUUACAAAGCAAGGAAAGAACUUUGAAAAGCUAUGGCUGUCCCACAAGUUGACAAGAAAAUGCUUGGUGAACUUGAAGCCAUGGGAUUCCCAACCACCCGUUCAAUUAGGGCACUCCAUUUUUCAGGUAAUUCCAAUCUUGAAUCUGCUGUAAACUGGCUUCUGGAACAUGAAAGUGACCCAGACAUUGAUCAGCUACCAUUGGUUCCAAGAGAAAUCACCAUCGAAUGCGGUGACACAUCAAAUGAAGUAAGAAAUGACAUUCGAGGAAUGAGGGAUACCGUGCAGGAGCAGAAACCAGAAGAACGAACUGAAACAGGAAGACAGAAUGAGACAUCCCAGUUGGAACGAGAAUUAAAUGCAGAUGAACAGGAGGAAGAAGAUAGAAAGAGGAUAUUAGCACUAUAUAAGCAAAAACGAGAUGAGGAAGGAAGAACAAGAGGGCGAAUACGGAAUCAAUUACAAGAUGGUCAGAGGGAGAGGAUUCAAGCUGCUAAAGAUCUUAUGGAAGCAAAGCGAACUCUCGAGGAAAAUCAAAGAAAGCGCAUGAUAGAAACUCGGAUAGCAGAUCAAGAGGAGGAGAAAAGAGCAAGAGAUAGAAUACGACAGCGUAUAGCAGAUGAUAUGGCAGAAAGAAGGAGAAGGCUUGGUUUGCCACAGGAAAAUCCUGCUGGGGCUUCAGUUGCGAUCAUAACACCCACAAAGGUAAAACCUGUUGAACGCGUUGUAACUUCAGAACAACUGAGAGAUUGCCUGCGAACUCUGAAGAAGAAUCACAAGGAUGACAGUGCCAGAGUCACAAGAGCAUACCAAACUCUGUUGAAGAUUAUCGCCAACAUAGUGAAGAACCCAGAAGAGAAGAAGUUCAGGAGGAUUCGGCUCAGCAACCCUAUUUUCAAGGACAGGGUGGGUAACCUGCAAGGAGGCAUAGAAUUCCUGGAGCUGUGCGGGUUCCAGAGGCUCAGCGCCAGCGGCUACCUGGUGAUGCCGAGGGACGGGAUCGACCUGGCGCUCCUCAACGCCGCCGGAGUCGAGAUCGCGUCGGCCAUGGAGAACCCCUACUUCGGGCUGCUCUCUAAGUGAACGGAGCAGCCAUUAUCGAUGUUCUCGUCUGCCUCGUAGGUACUGACUGAAACGGGGUGUGCCACCGAACGGACUUCACUCGGCCCGUCACGGCUGACAGGAUCUGUCCCUGUUGCCAGUGCCGUUGAACAGAGUCACCCAACAGAGGUCCAUGAAGUGAACUAAACAAUCUCAUCCUGGAGAAAUCAAAUGCCACAAUGUACAUUGCCGUAGAAGCUGCUGCAUUUGUUUCUUUUUUUUUCUUCAACUAGUAGAGACGAGCGG